UUUACACAUUACAGCUACCGCUACUUGACCAGAAAAGCGAUUCUCAAAAUGUUUUCUCAUACACGGAGAGAGGAGAUGGUUUUAGCAAUUAGUAAAUUGAAAACAAGUAACAACACAAAGAAAGGAAAGAAAAAAAAAAAAGGAAAAAGAAAGCUUGUUGUGUAGAUCAUGGGUGUGCUUCCAAAGAGGAUAAUACUAAUGCGUCACGGCGAGUCUCAAGGAAACCUUGACACGUCAGCAUAUACAACCACACCUGAUCACAGCAUUCAGUUGACACCACAAGGCAUCGCCCAAGCCCGCCAUGCCGGCGCCGAACUCCGCCGCGUCGUUGCCGGCCAAGGCUGCUCUCCUGACUGGCGUCUCUACUUCUACGUCUCUCCUUACGCCCGUGCCAGAUCCACUCUCCGCGAGGUUGGUAGAUCCUUCUCGAAAAAGCGCUUGAUCGGCGUGAGAGAAGAGUCGCGUGUCCGAGAACAAGACUUCGGUAACUUCCAAGUUCAAGAGCGUAUGAAAAUCAUCAAGGAAACUCGUGAACGUUUCGGUAGAUUCUUUUAUCGAUUUCCUGAAGGUGAAUCCGCCGCCGAUGUCUUCGAUCGCAUUUCCGGUUUUUUCGAAUCUCUAUGGAGAGACAUAGAUUUGAAUCGACUUCACAACGAUCCUUCAAACGAUCUGAAUCUAGUGAUCGUAUCUCACGGAUUAACAUCGCGAAUUUUCAUGAUGAAGUGGUUCAAGUGGACGGUUGAACAAUUUGAGCACCUAAACAAUUUCGGAAACUGCGAGUUUCGUGUUAUACAGCAAGGGAGUGGUGGAGAGUACAGUUUGGCGGUUUAUCAUACGGAGGAAGAGAUGUUGGAAUGGGGAUUGUCUCCUGAUAUGAUUGCUGAUCAGAAAUGGCGUGCUACUGCACCUAAAGGUGCUUGGAAUGAUCAAUGUCCUUGGUAUCUUGACGGUUUUUUUGAUAGUUUUGCUCAAUCUGAUGAUGAAACUGAUGAUGAAGUUAUCCCAAACGAAGAAGAUGAAAGGGAAACUGAUAAGUAACUAACUCUUUCAGUAAAAGUGCAUAGUUAUUUUUUUUUUCACGAUGAAAACUGAAAAGAAUAAAUUUUAUUAGAGAUUAAGAAGAUUUUUAUUAUAAAUUAAGAAGAAUUUGAGAAUUUGGAGGUUUUUAUAGAUAACUUUGGAUUGAUUGUAGGUAUACUGAGUAUUCAUUAGUCUGUGUAAUAAUAAUAGUUUACGGAUUAUUUCUUUCAUAAGAUAAAAUUUAGUUUAAAAGAAACAAACCUUGUGCAAAGUUUAUGGGAUGAAAGUGAUGUUGGACUUUGUACUAUAGCAUGCACAAAUUGUGUAUGGUAUCGACACUGUUUCUGAAAAAGUCUGUGCAUUCAUAAAAGGCACAAAACUAUGGUGAUAUUCAAUUAUUUUCACACGUUUAAA